AUGGAGAAAGAAAAAUGGACCGCAGGAGCUAGGUCUAAACCAAGACGCUCGCCGGUCAGAAUCCCAGAAUGUGACAACUCGGCGCUCAUAGUUGCUAACAAACUCACGCUCAUAGGGAGAGUCACUAACCCGGUCAUUCAAAAACCGAGAGCGGUGGUGGAGUUCUUAUCGCAACUGUGGAACAUGGAAAACAAGACUCACGGACGGGAUUUGGGUUCAGAAAAGUUCAUCUUUCGCUUUGAGGAGGAAGAAGAUUUACUCGCUGUUCUAAGGAAAGGACCUUACCACUACAAGAAGUGGAUGCUCAUCAUCCAACGCUGGGAACCUAUAGUUUCUGAAGCCUUUCCAGCCAUUAUCCCCUUCUGGAUAAAAAAUACAUGGUAUUCCUCUACACCAUUGCUCCGACCAAACUCUCCUUACAAUUGGGAUGGAACUUAG